AUGGCUAGAUAUCCUUGGUAUACAAGAGUUGGUGAUGUUCUUCACAGAUUAACUGUCGUAACUUUGGCUGGUGGGUCCUUAUAUAUGUUGGGUGGUUGCUUCUAUACAAUUGUCAUUAGAAGCAGAAUGAAUCAAGAAAAAUUGGACCAGUGGAUUGAAGAAAAGAAACAACUUGAAGCUGCUAAGGCUGUGACUCCUUCAAGUGAGCACUAA